AUGGCUGAUGAACGUGGUAUACUUCAUGGCAAACAGACUGGCCCAUCUCAUUAUGGUGCCAUCGAUAACCCUCAAGAGGGAGGAACGUCAAAUGCAGAUGCCGUUGAAAUAAUUUAUGUCAACCCUAAAGGCUUUGAAUUUGUCAAAUACAAAUUGCGUGAAGCUUUUGCCGAAUUAUUGGGCACUUUUGUCUUUAUCACAUUUGGCCUUGGUAGCAUUGCCCAGGCUAAGCUUGGUGAAGGUUAUGGAAAUUGGAUUACAAUCUCAUUCGGAUUUGGUCUUGGAUUAGCUUUAGCUCUUGUUGUUUCCGGAAGUGUAUCAGGUGGUCAUUUGAAUCCUGCAGUAACAAUUACUCUAGCUACCCAUCGUAGUUUCUCAUGGUCGAAGGUUCCUAUCUAUAUUCUCGCUCAAAUCACUGGAGCGUUUUUAGCUGCCGUGGUAGUCUUCUCAAAUUAUCAUGCUGCCAUUCUUGAAUAUGGUGAUGGUAAACUUAGUGUCACAGGAAGCAAUGCCACUGCUGGUAUUUUUGCUACUUAUCCACAGGAGUUCAUGAGUAUCGGAGGUGCAUUCUUUUCCGAAUUCAUUGGAACGUUCUUCUUACUCCUAAUCAUCCUUGCUGCUACCGAUGAACGUAAUUUACCAAAUACUAGAACGCUUUUCCCAUUGAUUAUCGGUUUAUCCCUUACCACGAUUGCAAUCUCUCUCGGAUAUGAAACUGGUUUUAGCUUAAACGGAGCACGUGACUUUGGUCCAAGACUAUUCACUUUCAUUGCUGGAUAUGGUGUCGAAGUUUUUUCUGCAUAUAACUUCUAUUUCUGGAUUCCACUUGUUGCUCCCGUUUUGGGAGGUUUGUUUGCUGGGCUCGUUUAUGAUUUAUUGAUUUAUUGGGGCAAGUCUCCCGUGAAUUCUUUGAUUGGGGCAAGUCGUGGGGAUAAUUAG